UCCAAUUGAGUUGAAGAAAUGGAUGAAACAAAUAACCCCAGUUUGGAAGAGGAUUUUGAAGGGCAGGCUACGCACACAGGCCCCAAAGGAGUAAUCAACGACUGGAGAAAGUUCAAGUUGGAAAGUGAGGACAGUGACUCCGUUCCUAGCAAGAAGGAGAUUCUUAGACAGUUGUCUUCACCGCACAGAAGAGAUAAUAAAGACUCGAGAGAAAGAAUCCGCAGAAAGAUGAGCGUUCAGGAAUACGAGCUGAUCCACCAAGAGAAAGAGGAUGAGCGGUGCCUACGAAAGUAUCGCCGGCAAUGCAUGCACAACAUGCACCAGAAGCUGAGCUUCGGACCGAAGUACGGAUUCUUAUGCGAGCUAGAGACGGGGGAGCAAUUCUUGGAGGCCAUUGAGAAGGAGCAGAAAAGCACCACGGUCAUCGUGCACAUUUACGAGAAUGACGUCGAGGGCUGUGAAGCACUCAACAGCGGCCUGGCUUGCCUGGCCACGGAAUAUCCCACCCUGAGGUUCUGUAAGAUCAGGGCUUCGAACACAGGGGCGGGGGAUCGCUUCUCCGCAGGCGUCCUCCCCACGCUGCUGGUCUACAAAGCCGGAGAGCUCUUGGGCAAUUUUAUUAAUGUCACGGAACGGCUGGGAGAAGAGUUUUUCGCCGGGGACGUAGAAUCUCUCCUCUGUGAAUACGGACUUCUCCCCGAAAGAAAAAUUCAAACAGUACAGAAUGCCAACAUAGAAGAGGAAGAUACUGAGUAA